AGCCAAGCUUUGGCCUUAACACGUGUUGCCAAUGCUGCUGCAGCAGCUGCUGCCGCCAAUGCCAGCAAACAGGUCAGCAACAGCGAGUCAGCUUUGCAUGGCGAUGUUGUGGUUAAGACAGAGCAUUCUUUGUCGCCACCACCACCUUUGCCACCUCCAGCACAACAACAGCAACCCAUCUCAUCAUUGGUUUCAUCACUGGGUCAUCACAAUAGCCGGCAAUCACCCACAAAUGCCAAUGCACAAAAUUCGAUUUCAACCACAGGAGGUGGAGGAGGAGGCGGAUCAGUAGAAGACACAAACACUGAGGCUAAUCGUUUGCAGCAGCAGCAACAACAAAGAAGAUCCUCAUUACAGGGUGUCCAAGACAAACUGCAACAAUUACAGCAAUUGCAACAUCAGCAGCAACAACAACAAAAUGAUUUGCAACGCAGCCCACAUUAUUCGGCGGGUAAUUUAUCCAAUCACAAUACCACACCAUCCCCUACAUUACACCGGGAGAUGUCAUCAACACCCUUGGGUCAACCCAAUUCAACUACUAGUCAAAAUAGUUCGACACCAAAGCCAAAUGAACGUGAUCAUCACAAUCUAACGCCUCAUAAUACCUCAGCCCAGCAGCAGCAACAACAACGUUCCGAUAGCCAUCAUCAUGGCCAGCGUGUUAUGGGCAGUAUUACAUGUCUGCCACCGUCAGCUUUAAAUGCCGUUGCAGCAGCCGCUGCUGCCCAACACCAUCACCAACAACAACAGCAUCAUCAUCAGAGUGCAGAGAAAGUUCUUAGUUCCACUGCUGGUCCCAUGGAACAGCGCAAAGAUUUCGAUAUAACCAAAGUCAAUU